UAUUUUAGUUGAUAUUCCGUCGAUUAAUCUAGAGAGUGACAAUCUACGAAAAUUUUUCACCACGCCCUUUCCAAGAUUUUAAACAAGAGACGCUAUUGAUUCAUCUUACUUUCCAAGGCAAAGACGUGGGGAUUGCCACACUCGAGCCGUCCCUAUAAAUUCUCAGAGUCACUGUCUUUCUUUUAUUUCAUUUGGCUUGGUUUGAGGAAGGAAGGAAGGGAACUGCCAUGGCUUCUUCCUCUUGCCCUCCCUUGGGUUUCGGAGGGGAGUAUUACACGCUGUCAAGCGACGGGCAGUGCGUGCGGCAGAGCAGCUUCUUCGAGGGCAAACCAGUGCUGAACCAGGGCGUAGGGUACAGCGUCGUCCUCGGCUUUGGAGCUUUCUUCGCCGUCUUCACUUCCUUCUUGGUGUGGUUGGAGAAGCGGUACUUGGGAUCGCAGCACACGUCGGAGUGGUUCAACACCGCCGGCAGAAACGUCAAGACCGGCCUCAUCGCCAGCGUCAUCGUCUCCCAGUGGACUUGGGCUGCCACCAUUCUCCAGAGCUCCAACGUCGCCUGGGAGUAUGGAGUCAGCGGCCCCUUCUGGUACGCCAGCGGCGCUACCAUUCAGGUGCUUUUAUUCGGCGUCAUGGCCAUAGAGAUCAAGAGAAAGGCGCCUAGGGCUCACACUGUUUGUGAAAUUGCCAAAGCGAGAUGGGGGACUGCUGCCCACAUCGUGUUUCUGGUUUUCUGCUUCAUGACAAACAUAAUCGUGACGGCCAUGCUGCUGCUCGGUGGUUCUGCGGUCGUCAACGCACUCACUGGCAUGAAUAUCUAUGCUGCGAGCUUUCUUAUCCCUCUUGGAGUGAUUGUUUAUACAUUAGCAGGAGGGUUGAAGGCUACCUUCUUGGCCAGUUACAUUCACUCUGUCGUAGUGCAUGUUGUCUUGGUGAUAUUUGUUUACUUAGUCUAUACAGCGAGUAGUCAUCUUGGUAGCCCAAAAGUUGUAUACAACCAUCUUAUUAAGGUUGCUAGCGAAUCAAGGGUAUGCCAGGAGCCAAUUUCUCAUAAGGGUCAAGCUUGUGGACCUGUAAGUGGGAACUACAAAGGAACAUACUUGACCAUGUUAAGUUCAGAUGGCUUUGUUUUUGGAAUCAUCAACAUUGUUGGUAACUUUGGCACAGUGUUUGUAGACAAUGGAUAUUGGAUGAGUGCCAUAGCUGCAAGGCCAUCAUCUACCCACAAAGGAUAUUUGUUGGGUGGGCUUGUCUGGUUUGCUGUACCAUUUUCUUUGGCGACGUCAUUAGGUUUAGGCGCAUUGGCUCUUGAUCUUCCAUUAACAGAAACCGAAGCUGGGAAAGGCCUUGUACCUCCUGCCACUGCAAUUGCCUUGAUGGGGAAAUCAGGAUCUGUCCUCCUCCUUACUAUGCUCUUUAUGGCUGUGACUUCUGCUGGCUCAGCAGAGUUAGUAGCUGUUUCUUCUUUAUGCACAUACGAUAUUUACCGAACUUACAUAAAUCCUAAUGCCACCGGGAAGCAGAUUCUCAAAGUGUCCAGAGUAGUAGUCCUUGCUUUUGGGUUAUUCAUGGGUGUUUUAGCUGUGAUUUUGAACAAGGCUGGAGUUUCUCUUGGUUGGAUGUAUCUUGCCAUGGGAGUAAUUAUUGGCUCAGCAGUCAUGCCUAUAGCUUUUAUGCUUCUAUGGAGAAAGGCAAAUGCAUUUGGUGCAAUGCUCGGAACAAUUAUGGGUUGUAUCUUGGGAAUAGUUACUUGGUUAGCUGUGACAAGCAUAGAGUAUGGCCAUGUAAACCUUGACACCACCGGUCGGAAUGCUCCCAUGCUCGCCGGCAACCUUGUAGCAAUAUUAACAGGAGGACUCGUUCAUGCUGUCUGUAGCAUCUUCUGGCCCCAGGAUUAUGACUGGGGAACUACAAAGAAAAUAACACUGGUUGAGAAAGUAAAAACUGAUUUGCCAGAUGAAGAGUUCAAGGAGGAAAAACUUUUGAGAGCAAAAGUUUGGAUCGUGAAAUGGGGUGCAGCUUUUACGGCGAUCAUCGUGAUACUUUGGCCAGUUCUUUCACUUCCAGCAAGAAAGUUCAGCUUGGGUUACUUCACAUUUUGGGCAAUCAUUGCCGUUGCCUGGGGUUCUAUUGCCUCUGCCUUAAUCAUAGUCUUACCGAUACUGGAAAGCUGGAGGACAAUUACAUGUGUCUUGAGUGGCAUGUUCACCAACGAUGCUUUGAUUGAAAAGGUCGAUGAGAUGAAUUCCCGGCUGCGUGCCAUCAUGUUGGCAAUGCCAGAAACCGAGCGACACUACUUACUGGAAAAGGGCACGGCCAAGAAACUUGAUUCCUUUGAAGAGGCAACCGCCGGCAUCACGGGUGGUGGUUGCUGAACUGUGGCUGCUUGCUAUGAGGAACUUCGCGACUUUAUGUCGUCUAUUAUGUGUUGUGUAAACUACUUACUAAAGGUGCAUAAUUUGUUGUAAGCUAUGCUCUUGCUUUUCUCCUUCAGCUUUGUUCUGUUUCCAAGAUUUUAACGGCAAAAAUAUUACUGUGUUUGACAUAAGAUUUAUUCUGAAAAUGGUGUAACACUUUCAAUGAUU